CAUCAUUAGCCACUGCCAUUGCCAUCACUUCCGGUUGUGUUGUAUCGUGGCCGGCAGAUUUCACGUGUUUUGUUUUUCCAUCCACAUUCUUACAAAUUGGACCACUUUGGACUAGAAAAUCGCUUUCAAAAUGUAUUCAGAGGAAUAUGGAGAGAGUACUGGGUAUGAGUACAAUUAUGGCGGGGACUAUGAUGGCCACACGGGAGACCCUCACCUGGAUAUGGAAUAUGACCGACAAUAUGCCUACAAGGUGCCUGAUGUGGUCAACAAGUUCAUCACAUACUUUAAGAACGCUAUCUCUGAGGGCAUGAUUUUUGAAAUUCAAAAUUACUACGAGAACUCAUUCCCCAAGCUCACUGAGCAAUUCUUCGACAAGAAGUCAUGGCCAGAUGAGGCUGAUAUUGCUCCACUUGUGGACAACGACCCUGUUUUCCUUAUUCUGUAUAAGGAGUUGUACUACCGGCACAUUUACGCCCGCAUCCCUGGUGGACCUUCUUUCGAACAGAGAGUCCAGUCCUUCUACAACUACUGCGAGUUCUUUAACUAUAUUCUCAAUGGAGAGACGCCAGUGUCUCUAGAACUGCCAGACCUUUGGCUUUGGGAAUUGGUUGAUGAAUUUGUCUACCAAUUCCAAACCUUUGCUCAGUACAGGGCAAGAGGUGGAAAGAGGACUCCCGAAGAGAUCGAGACCUUGAACCAGAACAAAAUGUGGAACGUGCUGUGCGUACUGAACGUGCUCCACUCGUUGGUCGACAAGUCCAACAUUAAGAAACAGCUGGAAGUGUACGCCAGCGGUGGCGACCCUGACACAGUGGCUGGCGACUUUGGGCGCCAUUCGCUCUACAAAAUGCUGGGCUACUUCAGCCUGGUUGGCCUUCUGAGGUUGCAUUCUCUGCUUGGUGAUUACUACCAAGCCAUCAAAGUUCUGGAAAACAUGGAAAUUCACAAGAAGUAUUCGCAUGUGCCCGCGUGCCAGAUAACAACUUCUUACUACGUUGGAUUUGCCUACAUGAUGAUGAGGCGAUAUGCUGACGCUAUCCAGACAUUCAGCUCAAUUUUGCUGUACAUUCAGCGCACAAAGCAGCUGUUCCAAACUCGUUCGUACCAAAAUGAUCAGAUUAACAAGCAAACUGAUCAGAUGUACACUCUGCUGGCCAUCUGCCUGGUGCUGCACCCAAUGUGCGUGGAUGAGUCAAUCCAGCAGUCGCUGCGAGAACGCAACUUCCAUGAGAAGAUGUACAAGAUGCAGUACGGAGACCUGAACGAGUUCGAGCAGUGCUUCAACUUUGGCUGCCCUAAGUUCCUCUCGCCUUGUUCGACCAACGUCGAAUCGGAAGACUCGGUCAAGGAGGCCAUGAAGCACCAAACCAACGUGUUCAUGGACGAGGUGCGGCAGCAGAAAAUGUUACCGACCAUCCGCUCAUACCUGAAGCUAUACACCACACUGCCUGUGUCGAAACUGGCGUCCUUCAUGGCGCAGCAGGCUCGAUCUGAGGGAUCAAAUGAAGGCACCGUCGCCAAGGUCGACAUUGCCAAAGAGACCGAGGACCUGAUCAUCCACCUGCUCUGCUUCAAGCACAAGAUGAAGAAUCUGGUGUGGAGCAAGGGAGCCUCUGGACUUGAGGGCCAGUUCCAGUCCGGCUCAGAGCUCGACUUUUACAUCGACCAUGACAUGAUCCACAUUGCUGACACUAAGGUUGCACACAGAUAUGGCGAGUUUUUCAUCAGAAAAAUCAUGAAGUUUGAAGAGCUGCACAGGAAAAUCAAGCAGGUUAAGAUCUGAAUGUGCAAUUGGUUUAAAUCUAGGUGUCAGUGUUAAUAAAUUAAGUUUUUGUCUAACUUCUCCAAA